AGUAGUUGCGUCACUCCGCCCCUCUUUGUCUGCGCCGCCACAUCACCGCACACGGGGUUCCGUAACAGAGGGGGGACGAGGGAGAGAAACACUACCCGCUACGUUUUUUUGGUGCGUGUGCGUGCGUGUGACUUUGGCGCAACGUUUCCGGUCCCCGAGUGCGCGUCGUAGCGUGUUACAGGGCGCCCGCCGUGGGUCUUUGCGCUCUUUGUUCAUCGUUCGCUUAUCGGGCGGCAUCCUCGCGAACCCGGGGACCCCCCCCCCCUCCCCCCCCAAAAAAAACAACACCACCACAAUGCUUCAGUCUCUAACCGGCAAUUCCUGCGUGCUGCUGAUCCAGAGCCACAAGUCCACCUGGUAUUUCGUGUCGUUGGUCUUGGGGUACCUGCUCUAUCUCGUGUUCGGCGCCGUGGUGUUCUCCUCGGUGGAGCUGCCGUACGAGGACCUGCUCCGCCAGGAGUUGCGGGUGGUCAAAAAGCAGUUCCUGCAGGACAACGCGUGCCUGUCCGAGGAGCGGCUGGAGGACUUCCUGUCCCGAGCCCUGGCCGCCAGCAACUACGGCGUGUCCAUCCUCAACAACGCGUCCGCCAACUGGAACUGGGACUUCACCUCGGCGCUGUUCUUCGCCAGCACGGUGCUGUCCACCACAGGAUAUGGCCAUACAGCACCGUUGUCGGAUGGUGGCAAAGCCUUCUGCAUUGUCUAUUCAGUGAUUGGCAUCCCCUUCACCCUGCUCUUCCUCACUGCUGUUGUGCAGAGGAUUAUGGUCUUCAGCACACGGAGACCCGUCAUGUACAUCCACCGACGCUGGGGCCUGUCCAAGCCAUUAGUGGCCAUCGCUCAUGCCACUCUGCUGGCCAUGUUGGCGGUCUCGCUCUUCUUUCUCAUCCCUGCUGCCAUCUUCUCAGCUCUGGAAGAGAACUGGAACUUCCUCGAGUCUUUCUACUUCUGUUUCAUUUCCCUCAGCACCAUCGGUCUGGGAGACUAUGUACCUGGAGAGGCCUUCAAUCAAAAGUUCAGAGAGCUCUACAAAGUGGGCAUCACUGUGUACCUAAUCCUGGGUCUGAUCGUCAUGCUGGUGGUGCUGGAGACCUUCUGUGAGCUGCAGCAGCUGAAGCAGCUCAGGAAGAUGUUUUACCUGAAGAAGGAGAAGCCCCAGGACCACCUGGCCAUCCUGGAGCAUGACCACCUGUCCUUCACCACCGUGUCCGACAGAUCCAUGCCCCUCCACGAGGAAAAAACCCAGCCCCUCACUCAUGUCCCCGUGUUGCCCUCCCCUAGCGGGGAUGAUCCUAUGAUCCAGUAGAAGCGUACAAACACACAUUUUAAGGGUGGUAAUGAGGGAGUGUGGGGCACCGCUCACGCUGCAUGCAUGCAUUCAGCAAAGUUUGGCUCUGACAAAUUUUAGGGAAUAGUUAAUUAGAGUGUAUUAACUCAUGAUAUCCAGGGUACGGUAAAAUUGUCUCCGUUGUUCAAACUCUACCCUGAAAAUAGAGCGCUACGCGGUAUAGAUGAGAUGUAAGUCCACCGACAAAGGAGCAAAAAGAAACGCCUUCUUUUGUAUUAGUAUUUCUCCUUUAUCUGCUGUAUUAUUAAUAGGACAUUAAGGGCCAUCUUUUAUGAGGUCACUGACCUCUCAAAUGUAGCUUAAGCGUCACAGAAUGCUGUACGAGUUCACCAGACAGUAAAUAACCAGCUAGGAGGUGUAAAUGGUAAAGGGCGAAGAGGGGUCUCUCGGGUUAUUGGCUAGCUCGUUCAAAACGAGUUAAAAAAAAAAUACAAAAACAUAACAAGUAAUGGACUAUAAUCUGCAUUCAGGCUGAUGUCCAACUCUACCCUCUCCUCCAGCGCUUCGAUAGGAAAUUAGUUUUAUUUCCAGCGUAUUGCGCCUUUUUUAUAAAGUCUUCUGCGUUUGGUUUGAAAGACAUGAACUUUUGAGAGUCUUAUUAGUGCUUACAUUUUGCCUUAGGAUAGUGGGGAUUGUAUUGUCGACUGAUAGACAUCCUGUUACAGUAGUGCUCGGCCUCUUGGCUAUCGCGAGAUGGCGCGAGCUUCUGAUUCGCCUGUGAAGCUGAGAAUGCCUGCUACUGUCUGGAUACCCUAGCAGGUCAUGCCGUGCAGUCGGUGCUACAAAUGGUAAGCAAAGCGGAUCUGUACUACAAAACCCAUUAAGUCACAGGGCGUCCGGGUGGCGUGGUGGUCUACUCCGUUGCCUACCAACAUGGGGAUCGACAGUUCGAAUCCCCGUGUUACCUCCAGCUUGGUCGGGCCUCCCUACGGACACAAUUGGCCGUGUCGGUGGGUGGGAAGCCGGAUGUGGGUAUGUGUCCUGGUCGCUGCACUAGCGCCUCCUCUGGUCGGUCGGGGCACCUGUUCGGGGGAAUAGCUUGAUCCUCCCACGUGCUACGUCCUCCUGGUGAAACUCCUCACUUUCGGGUGAAAAGAAGCAGCUGGCGACUCCACACGUAUGGGAGGAGGCAUGUGGGAGUCUGCAGCCCUCCCCGGAUCGGCAGAGGGGGUGGAGCAGCAACCAGGACGGCUUGGAAGAGUGGGGUAAUUGGCCAAGUACAAUUGGGGAGACAAAGGGAGGGGGGGAUCCCCCCCUCCCCCAAAAAAAAACCCGCAUUAAGUCGAUUAGGCCUCCAUUCAUUUUUGCAAAGGCAUCUCAAAGGAAAAGAUAGCGUGUCCGUGUGCGCCAUACUCAUAAUACGAGGCAAUACUGGAUGUACAUGGGACUGUAAAUGUGUCAGGGAAAUUCUACCUAGCAACAGGCCUAGGAGGACCUCAAUAAGCUUUGCAUGAGUGUUUAUAACUAUUAACGGCGUUAUUUACAGAUUUAGGUAAUUCUUUGGAUAUUUUUUGUCAGUACAUUCAUCACGAUAUCCUUUAUGUGGUUGUCAGAGUAGAGAAAGUAGCUCGUUACUUGGACUUAAAGCCUUCGAAUUAGGCCGAAUCAGCGAUGCUGACCACUCUAGUGACACUCUGCGCCAGUGCAUUUCAUAAGGAGCGUGAAAUGAAGGGAAAACUGUUUACCGGUAUGUUGCGUAACCUCGGCAGGUUGCUGUGCUACUUACAAGCUGUUUUUUUUAAAAACAGGCACCCUAAUUUAUUGAUUAGCCUGAAAGGGACUCUUGUGUGCCGGGUGAGUUAAGAUAUUCACUGCUGACAGAAGCAGAGAGGUAUAUUUUGAUAGAUCUCGUCGUCUGCAAGAUGGGUGGGGGGAUUGUUCACUAGUCGAAGCGAUAUUUCUUGUAUUUAUUGUACAGAAACUUGAAUUUGGGGGGGGGGUAUUUUUAAACUUGCCAUGAGGGAAAUUUGCACAACUGUGUUUGUAAACGAUGAAAUAAUUGCAUAUUGACGUAAACUACUAAUAAGACACGUUAGCCCCUAGCUAACAGGUCUGACCCUUUAGUCCAGUGUUUCCCAACCCAGUCCUCAAGGGACCCCUAUCCUGCAGAUUUUCACUGUAACCCUGCAUAGGUAGCCCUGCUUGUACUUACUCGACCAAUCAUCUCGCAGCACUUAAUUAUGCAAGGUGUGCAACGUCUGACAAAAUUCAUUGCUGAUUGGUUGAAUAACUACAAACAGGUACCUAUUCAGGGUUGCAAAGAAAAUAUGCAGGAUAGGG